UUGUCAAUGUCACUUUUGUCACAACUUGCAUCCUUGCGUUCGUAGCGUGUUUACAAAUUAUCUUCUUAAAGUACUAACUUCUUAUUUAACUGCCUCAAAAUGUCGGAAAGAAAAGUGUUAAACAAAUACUAUCCUCCGGACUUCGAUCCUUCGAAGAUUCCUCGCAUGAAACUGGCGAAGAACCGUCAGUAUACAGUACGACUUAUGGCCCCCUUCAAUAUGCGAUGCGCAACCUGCGGCGAAUACAUUUAUAAAGGAAAGAAAUUUAACGCUAGAAAGGAGGAUGUAGAAAACGAGGAUUAUCUUGGUAUUCGAAUAUACAGGUUCUAUAUCAAAUGUACACGCUGCCUGCAAGAGAUAUCAUUUAAAACAGAUCCAAAGAAUACAGACUAUGAGAUAGAGGCCGGUGCAACAAGAAACUUCAUGGCUCUUAAACUUGCAGAGGAACAAGCCAAGCGGGAGGAGGAAGAACAGAAAGAGGAAGAAGCUAAUAAUCCAAUGAAGUUGUUAGAAUACAGAACAGAACAGUCGAAGCAGGAGAUAGAAUUGCUGGAAAGUUUAGAGGAAUUAAAAGAGUUGAACAGAAGACAGCAUGCUGUUGACUAUGAGGGCAUGCUGAAGCAGUACCAGCCAGAGACAUCAGAGGCGAGGAAGGCCAGGGAAGAAAAAGAGGAUGAUGAGUUUAUAAAAGCCAUCAAAUUCAACAAACCGACAUUAAAGAAAGUUGUUGCUGAAGAAAUUAUUGAAGAAGUGAAAGACGAGGACAGCGAACCCCCUGCAAAGUCGUCCCGAAUAGAAAUCCUCCCGCCGAAAGUUACACAAAAUAACCAAUCGUGGAACAAAAGUAUAGGAGGGUUAAGGAAACCAGCUCUCGCCAGCUUAGUAAAAAGUAAGAAAAGUGUUGAUACAAAGGAGGUUUCUUCAACCAGUGUAAGUACUAGUAUAGCAAGUAGAAGUAAUGACGCAAGUAUAGGCAAUGACGCGAGUAAAGGCAGUGACACAAAUAAGACUAAUGACGUGAGUAAAGUGGCGCCCUCAGCUACGGGAUUGUCGCUGUUGGCGAGCUACUCUGGUAGCGAUAGUGACUCACAGUAAAUUAUUGUUGUUCUUAAUAAAUAAUCAUAUAACAUUUUAA